UCAUGUCGGCCGAAACUGCAACCAUACCCGAGGUUUCAAACCAGGAAACCAAAGCUGAAAAGGUUAUUGCUGAUUCCCUUGAAGCAAAGAAAGAUGAAAGCGCAGCAGUCGAAAUCAACGGUAGUUCUACCCACGAAAAUGGCGACACGAACAUUGAGAAGAAAACAGAAGAGCCAGUCGUUGAAGCUAAAGUGUCGGAAGAGCCAGCCACUACAUCAGAGACCCCUGCUGCUCAAGUCACCGAAAGUCAGAAGGAUGAGAAAACAGAUGAUGCUCCAGCUGAACCUGCAGAAGUUGCCGUCGAGGCGGCUAAAGAGGAACCAGUUGUAGAAGAGAAGAAAGAGGAUGCGCCUGAGCCUGUAGUCACCGAAGAGAAGAAAUCAGAAGAGGCACCAGCACCGGAAGAAAAAAAAUCGGAAGAGGUGGUCGCAGCUGAAGAGAAGAAAGAACCUGCUGCAGUAGUUGAAGAGAAAAAGGAAGUUCCAGAGACACCAGUCGUCGAAGACAAAAAAGAAGAAGCUCCAGCUUCUUCCGAAGAAAAGAAAGAUGAGCCAGUUGUUAAUACCGAAGAAAAGAAGGAUGCCGCUGAAGCUCCUGCCGCAGACGAGGAAUCAGAAGCUGCUGAAGAGAAAGUUGCCGAGACUACUGUAGCUCCAGUUGCUACACCUUCUGGGCGUGGACGUGGAAGAGGACGCGGAAGACCACCAGGACCAAAUGCGACUCCAAAGGCUGCGGCUUCUGAGAAAAAGAGGGCUGCAAAGCCGAAGGCGGCGGUUAACCCAGAGUCAAUCGCAGCCAGCAGACCACGUCGUUCAACAUCGAACCGAAUCGAUUACGCAAACUCUGACACAAGCACUGUUCUCGCCGAAGUCGACGAUGAAAUUCCUGGAAAACUUUUCAGAGGACGCAAGCCCCCACGGGGCAAGAUCACAAAGUACGUCUCGGAUUCUGACGGCGCACCAUCGGAUGAAGAUGACGUUGACUUCGGAAAGAAGAAGAAAGGUGCUCCUUCUACUCGCGGAAGAGGACGUCCACCAAGCAGCAACAGACCAACUCGUGCUGCCGCCACAAAGAGAUCUGCAAAGGAUGCUUCCGAUGAGUCGAAUGAGGAUGAAAUCGAAUACGAUGACAAAAGCGACGAAGAUGUUUCUCCAAGAAAGAAGGCCAGAGGAGCACCUGCUAGAGCUGCUGCCGACGACGAAGAUGAUGAGGGAGAAGAAAUGGACGCAUCGGAGGAAGUUGAAGCCUAAAUGGCUUAGGAAGUUUGUUAUGUACUGGUGUUUCUAUAUCUCAUUCUCCACUUCUUAUUGCCAAUUUUCAAAAGUAGGAUGGUAGACUCCUAUGGUUGCAUUUUCAUUUUUCCAAAAAUUGCUAUUUUUCUACGUUCUGUGAAUGAGGUCUUUUCUAAAUCAAUCUCAACUUCUUCCCAUCUCAAUUUUUUUUCAUCCUCUCUUCCCACAUCAUUAUAUAUUUUUUUUAAGUAUUUGAGUUACAACCAAACUGUUUGUAUUAAAAUAUAACCAUCCCCACUGUUGACAAUUUAUUUAUCUUAUUACCUCCUGAAUUGUUUUCUAAAAAAUUCAAAACUUCUCUACGUCGACUUUUAGAAAUGAGCUUUUUUCAACGUAGAAUCAUGCUUUUCUCCCACUCUCUCAAUGCUCACCCCUGGCUGAGUAAAUAUUUAAGAGUACUUGAAUCGCAAUUGAUCUUCGUAAGCUUUUUUUCUAAUUGAAACUCGACUGACGAGAUUUUUCAUCCAACAACUCCUAUUUUAUUCUCUGGCUCUCUUUUACAUGUUUGAAAAACAUUUAAAUUGACAUCUUGAAAUAAAUUGUUUUACCUGGC